AUGGCACGAUUUCAAAGAAAAACAUGCAUCACUCUGAUUGGUUUCAUCUUGUUUAUAUUUGGGAUCAUGGUGGUUUUGAAGACACUUAGGCCCGAAGGUGCAGGGUUUGAGAGCCCCUUUGGACUAGGACUUUUUCCAGAGCUGCAAAGGGCAGAAAGUGGUGACAAUCCACCAAACCAUCAAAAAGGUAUUGCAGAUAGCAAGCCUGCUGUGGAUCAACUAAAAAAAGGCAGCACAAAGAGCACCAUGACCUUGGCAGCCAAACUGGAAGAAUUCCCUGUACCUAAUUACAACUUGCAUGUAUUUUACUACAGUUGGUAUGGUAGUCCACAGUUUGAUGGUAAGUAUAUUCAUUGGGACCACCCAAUCUUGCCCCACUGGGACCCCAAAGUUGCAAGCAAUUUCCCUAAAGGAAAGCACAGCCCACCAGACGAUGUUGGGUCCAAUUUCUAUCCAGGAUUGGGUGCCUACAGUUCCAGAGACCCCACCGUCAUUGAGGCACACAUGCAGCAACUCCGAACAGCAGCCAUUGGUGUGUUGGCCCUGUCCUGGUACCCACCUGGCAUGAAAGAAGACAAUGGCGAGCCCACAGAUGGCCUGGUACCAGCUAUAAUGGAUAUUGCACAUAAAUAUCAAGUGAAGGUCACCUUCCACAUUGAGCCAUACAAAGGUCGGGAUGAUCUCAGCAUGUAUAACAGCGUUAAGUAUAUUGUAGACAAGUAUGGGGACCACCCUGCUUUCUAUAGGUACAAAACCAGCAAUGGGAAACACCUCCCUCUCUUCUAUGUCUAUGAUUCCUACCUAACCAGUCCAGAAAUGUGGACUCGUCUCUUAAAGGAAUCUGGACAUCACAGCAUCAGGAACACUGCAUAUGAUGGUAUUUUCAUUGGUCUUCUGGUAGAGGAGAAGCAGAAGAAUGAAAUAUUAACAGCAGGAUUUGAUGGACUGUACACAUACUUUGCCACAAAUGGCUUUUCCUUUGGCUCAUCUCAUCGCAACUGGAAAUCCAUCAAAGGCUUUUGCGACAGCAACAACUUGAUGUUUAUACCCAGCGUGGGGCCAGGCUACAUUGAUACCAGCAUCCGACCCUGGAACCUCCACAACACCAGAAACCGCAUCAACGGUAAAUACUACGAGACUGCACUAAGUGCUGCUUUGGAGGUACGGACAGAUAUCGUUUCUAUAACUUCUUUUAAUGAGUGGCAUGAGGGAACUCAGAUUGAGAAGGCUAUCCCCAAGAUAGCUGGCCAGACAACAUAUCAGGACUACCUUCCUCACAAGGCAGACAUCUACCUAGAGAUCACCCGCAAAUGGGCAGAAAAAUUCCAAAAGGAGAGAGAAAAAUGGCUUGUGUAAACAUGGAUCAGCAGUUUGAAUUCCAAAAAUACUUUAUGGCCUAAAUUAGGAAAGAGAAAAAGGUGCACUGUGAUGAAUAAUUUAUUUCCAUUGAUGUAAUUGAUGGUGUAUACAGUACACCAUGCUACUAGUAGGCACAGGACUAGUAAAUAUAGAACAGCUUGGAUAGGACAUUUGUUGCCCAUUUUUCCUCCACUUUAUUAAACAUCUUUGCAUCACUGGCUAUGUUUACGUGGUGUUAUUAGAAAACCACUAGUGUUGCUGUAUUUUCACACUGACUUUCUCAUGAAAUUGAAUCAUGAAUUCUCUACUUGACAAAAAUCCAUAUUGGUGUGGCUUGCAUGCCUUGCCCGCAGUCCUGCUGAAUUCGUAGAACAUGGGUAGUAUUUUGAGGAAACCACUACAUAUUACUUGUUCAAUAUAAUAUAUUCAUUAUAUUUGAGGUGGAGAAACACAUCUCUUGGGUAAAAAGGGCAACACAUACACCACUUGAAUGCAAUAAUAAUCUUGUUUCUUUGUUGGCUGGUAGUGUUGCCUAUACAGUAUGUAAAAUAAAACCACUAUGUGAACAGGCUGUAAAACGUUAGGUUACUUACCGUAACCCUAGUUUCCUGAAAGAGAACACUACCACCCACCAAUACUUUUGGGAUAUGCCUGCCUUAGGUAGGUAUUCGCUAAGCAUUUGAUGUCAUAGCUGCCGAUAGGCCCCUGCGUGGAGUGACGUCCUUGGUUCCGCCUGCCGAGAGAAUAAAUAGUCGCUCCGCGGAGCCCACCAAUAUUUGGUGGUUGCCUUCUCUUUCAGGGAAACAGGGUUAUGAUAAGUAACCUAACAUUCCCUUUCAAUUCGAAGACGACCACCAACCAAUACUUUUGGAAAAAGUAUACCAAAGCUGUCGCAAGGGAGUGUGAGCGGACAGCAUACGAGGGACAACUUGCUACCGCCAACUAGUGUUGGUGGUGUGCGCAUGCAACCUCGAGGAUCCUUGUGCCUAAUGAAGGCAUAGAGGGAUCUACCACAUUGAUUUGGUAGAACCUGGAGAAUGUAUCCGGAGUAGCCCAGCUAGCCGCAGUACAAAUGUCCGUCAAUCAUGCACCUCGAAAGAGCACCCAUGACGUGGCCACACCUCUGGUAGAGUGCGCCACCACCCUCCCAGAUGGGGGUAGGCUGGCAUCAUUAUACGCAGUCGAUACUGUGUCCAAAAUUCAGUGGACCAGUCGCUGCUUCACGAGGGCUUGAACCAGUGUCCUUUCAACAUAGCAAACAAAGAGCUGGUCAGACUGAUGCAGCGCUUUCGUCCUAUCCACAGAACCUCUCAAUGCCCUCACUGGGCAGAGGGAAUUUAGUUUCUUAUCCUCCUCCGAAUCAAAGGGAGGGGGAUGGAAGGCCUCUAGUUCCACUGGAUUGGUUCAAGUGGAAAGCGGUAAUCACCUUAGGUAGGAAUGCAGGGUAACCCUGGGGACCAAAGUGGCUGUGCACCACUUCUGAAAAUACCUCAAUUUGUAAGCAUAUAGUGCUCUUGUGGAGGAAACCCUAGCAGUGUACUAAUGACAGCAUCUGAGAGUCCUAAGGUGGACAGACGGUCCCAUUCAGGGGCCAGACCCACAGCUGGAGUCUGCCCGGUUCUGGAUGCCAGAGGGUGCCUUGCGCCUUACUGAGGAGAUCCAUGCACAGCGGGAUGUCCCAGGACUGGCCCUGUAGCCCAGGUUGGAUGCGUCUGUCGUCACCACUUGACGGCUGUGUAUUACUCCCAUCACUACACCUUCGCGCAGGUGGGAGGUUUGUCUUCACCAGCGUAGGGCUUUCCAGCAUGAGCGAGGCACAGUCAGUCGACACAAAUGCGUCGGUGACACAAGUGAAGCAGACACUCAAAAUGGAGCUGCUGAUUCCACGAGAGCAGCAAGCCGGCUCUUGGCAUUAAUGCAAGGGAAUUACAGUUGACUCAGAUGACCUUUUUCAAAAACACACUUGGGUUAGUGUUACACAGAAGCGUACCUUACCGUAGGUGAGAGGCAAAAGAGGAAGUGGGCUCCGCGAAGCGACUAUUUAUUCCCUCAGCAGGCGGGACCGAGGACGUCAUUCCACGGAGGGGCCUGUCGGCAGCUCUGACAUAAAAUGCUCAGCGAAUACCUACCUAAGGCAGGCAUAUCCCAAAAGUAGUCGGUGGUCGUAUUCGAAUUAAAAGGGAACUGUAUAAGCCGGGUAACUGUAAACUAGGGCCAUUGUUUAAACCAGUGCUGCCCAAUAUAAAAUGUAUGAGCCUUUUGACUGUAAAAUAGGGUCAUUGUUUAAGCCAGUGCUGACCAGUAUAACACUUACUGAGCUUCCCGUAUGACUCUUGAUUUAGAAGUGGAGUAUCCAGUUCAGGUUUCCUAAUAAGUUUAGGGGAAAGCAUACUGUUGUAAUGAACUUGUAUAUACUGUAUGUACUAAAAUCUAUGUAAUGAUUUUCUAACCAAAACCACUAAAAUGUUAAUGUUUUGUUUUUAUUGAAUUUUGGUACACAGCUGUUUUCAAUGAUUCUUUCCAUUGCAGUUGUUGUCCCACAUGAAAAUGAACUGUUUCAGUGCAUUAACCUCUGUACAUAUCAAUGGUACAGAUUUUAAUCCCAUAUCCACUAGAAUUACAAACCAUCUGGUAAGUCAUUUCCCUUACAUUUUGCCCCUGGGGAUUCGUGCUUUCUGUUUAUACAAAAUAUAAACUUUAAACAUCCCUACAUGAACUGAAUAACAAUCAAUUAUUAUGCAGUGACUAACUAUAAAACCGGAUGUAUUGCAAUCUCUGAAAUGUACAUGUUUUGUGAAGUAGAAGCGUGCUGCUGUAUUUGUGAUACUACUCUGCUGCCUUUGGUUUGUUUUAUCUUUUUCUAGGUUACACUGGAUUUAUGUUGCUGAUUUGACAUAGAGGAGGGUUAUUUAAAGUGUGUCUUUUAUAGAAUACAAUUAUAUGUGUGGCAUUUAUUUUAUUUUAUUAUUUUUUUUAUUUAUUUUUUUUACAAACACUAGGCUUUAUCAUUAAAUACAGGAGAUGAUACAUUAAUAUUUUGUUUCUGAAGUGAGACCUGAACACCACUUUUUAUGCUUAUACCAAUUCCUAGAAAUGUUAAUAAUUAACAAGUAAACAUCUUGUGAUCUUUAAAAUCUGCAGACUAUUUUUUGUAAAGUACAUAUAAAAUUAAGACUACCUGCAAUUCAUUGUUUUCUGUGUUAAAAGCACUGCAUUUAUUUGAAGCAUGAGCCAUCAAAACACCUGCAGAAAAAUGUACUUUAAUUAAAUGUAUUACUAAAUUUAAAAUAAACAGGCUGCUCUUCACA